AUGACGGCGCUUUCCUCUUCUUUCUCGUCCAGAAGACGUUCGACGUUUCCGUCGUCGUCGUCUUUAAGCAGGAGGAACAAUUCGAAGAGGGUUCGUCCUCCCAAAGCGACGAAUACGAAGAAGAACGAAGAGGACGAGGACGAAGACGAUGAAGACAACGCGGAAACGGAAACGAUUUCACUAACCUCGAACCAAGCAAGAAUCGCCGCCUUGGCGUUCGAUGUCCUCUACAACAAACCGUUCUUAAACGAGGAGCAGAUGAUGAAAGAUCCGGAACGACCAAAGUUACGAUUGAUGUUGAGAGAAGCCAUCGACCGAGCGGAACAGUUGUGCAAAGAAGAACGAGAGGAACGAGAAGGAGGAGACGGGAGUAAUAAUACUAGUAAUAAAAGAGAAGAGUGCCGCGCGGCGUGGGAAAUCGUGGACGAGUUGGAAGAUGCAGCCAUGCGAGCUGGGAUGAGUCGGACGAAUAGGACCGUGGAGAGUCGUAGCGGGAGUAGUAGUAGUAGUAGCGAGAGUAGUAGUACGAGCAAGACGAAGCGCGCGCAACCGCCGAGAAGGAUACCGAAGAUGAGCGAAGUCGGUCUUACGGAAGAGGAGCUGAAAGAACGCGCGAUGAAGGCAAAAAGAGUGGAUCCGUUCGAGGACCCUUUGAAAGAUUUAGAUCCGUGCGGGCCGUUAGGAUGCGAGGCUGAAACCGGCGAGAUGAACAGUCGAGGGAUAUUGGAGAGGGCGAUGAUGAUUCCAAACAAAGAGGAGAGGUCUAAAUUCGACGAGGAGAGCGAUAAAACGUUGGCAAAUGCGAUUAGCGAAGCAGUGGAGAAGGCUAUGUCUUUGUGCGACGAAGGUGGGGACGCGUGCGCGACGGCUUGGGAAGUCGUGGAAGAGUUGAGCGCGAGCGCGAAUAAACGUAGAAGGGAGAAGCGAGAGGAAAAAGAGGAGGAGUAA